AUGGAUCAAGUUGUACUUGUUGAAUUUGAGGAUGCUACUGAUAAUUUGUAUCCAGCUUUAUUCCAGUGUUUUACUAUAAUUUUAUGCGGGUACAUAGCUGGACGUCUUAAUGUAGUGUCAGCAACAGAAUCUAAGGGCAUUGCCACAUUUGUGGGCACUUUUGCAUUGCCAUCUCUUAUCUUUCUGUCACUUGCCCAAUUGGACUUCAGUACAGUUAAUUGGACCUUUCUUGGUGCAAUACUACUUGCAAAGGGUUUAGUAUUCUUUGCAGUAAUGAUUGUUACUAUGCUGGUCUCCAAACCCUUGAAUUUGGGAAGAGCAGGAAUAUUUGCUAUAUUUUGCACACAAAGCAAUGACUUUGCGUUGGGAUAUCCCAUCAUAAAUGCAUUAUACCAAAAAAGUCAUCCGGAAUACGCUCUCUACUUGUAUCUGAUGGCUCCAAUUUCACUGGCAAUAUUGAAUCCAAUUGCUUUUGUAUUAAUGGAGAUAAAUAAGCAAAGAGAACAAACACCAGCUAUAACUAUAGAAGGUGAAUCAACAUGGUGUAUUUGUAGUAGGAAGUUGUUGAAGCAGAUUGCUAAAGGCAUAGCUUUCAAUCCUGUAGUUGUGAUGACAGUGUUGGGUAUUUUUGGUAAUGCUGCAUUUAAACACCAACUCUCUAUUUACAUUGAAGGACUUUUGGAGGUAUUUGGCCAAUCAUUUGCUGCAACUGCCCUAUUCUUGCUAGGGUUACGCAUGGUGGGACAGAUUCACAGACUGAGAGGACCUGCCCUCCUGUUGCCCUGUGUUCUGAUUAUGGUUAAAUUAAUUGUCCUGCCAGUGGUUAUGAGGGAGAGUGUAAGCGCGCUGAACGCUGGUGUAAAUGAAUCUGAAACUUUAUCACUCUCUACGUACGCGUUCCUAUAUGGAACAAUACCGACCGCGCCGGCAGUGUUCGUAUUCUCGAACUUAUAUCAACUAGAAAUCGACUUGAUGGCGUCCUCAAUGGUGAUAUGCACAUUCCUGUCAGCGCCCAUGAUGUUUAUGUCGGCACAAAUGAUAGCUAUUAACAAGGACUUUGCAGACCAACUGAAGAAGUUUGGCUUCGACCUUUCUAUAGUAUCAUUGAUUGCUUCACUUUGGAUACUGUUUGUUUUCAUUGUGACUAAGAAAUAUAAACGGAUGCCGCAUCGACUGACUCUGUGCUUGAUUGUGUCGCAGCUACUGUUGGCUAUCAGUGUAGUAUGGGGCGGGCCCCUUACUAACUACACUCCGUCCUGGCAUGCGAGCGUGCAGCAAGCUCUGCGAAUAUUCAGCAUGUACUCCUGUCUACUGUGGACCUCUAUGCUUUCUGUUGGACUUCUCAUGUUACAGAGCCGUGGACCAUGUUUCGUGGUGACACUGUGGCCGGUGUUAGGCUUUGUGGCAUGGGGUGCGCCUGUGGUAAUGGUCGUGGUGCUACUAGCGACUAAGGGCACCGGAGACUUGGACUGCAAGGCCACUGAUGCGAUACGACUCUGUUUACUUGUGUUCUGUAUUACAGUAACCAUCGGCUGUUUAAUCCUGUACAUAAGAUUCCGACGUCGCAGCGCACAGUUUGCGUCGCUCUCCGCCGAAAUAGCCACUAACUCCAGUCCUCAGGAAGAGUCCACCAGUUUGAUUGAUAAUGCAGAACCUGUCUCGCAAACACAGUCUAUUGCCAAUAAUAGCAAUGGUUGUUACGGAACCAUUACAUCGUCUCCAUCACCGCGCAGUCCAGGCAAGCAGUCAGGGUGCUGUUCCGACGAUCCCAACUGUGAGAACGGAUUGACUGCUUCACGCGACAUUGAAGAUAUUGCUGAUACCAAGGAUUGUGCCUGCCCACCAUCUCAGAAGCACCGUUGCACGGAGCCAGGGGCGUGUCAGUACUUGAACGAGCUGGAGCGGGCCGCCGGUGCACUGGGACUAUUACCGCCCGAGCAGACACGCGGCCGCGGCGGACAACUACUCAAACAUACUGUGCUGAUCAUUGUGUACAGUCUCAGCAUGUUUAUUGGCAUUACCUACACAACUUGGCGCAUGAUGUUGAAGGAUGAGAGUGGAGUGUUCGUGGAGAUAGAGUUUCUGGACAUAGUGGCCAACUAUGGACAGGCAUUGGUCAUGUUCAUACUCUUCGGACUCGACCCUGAAGAAAUACUGAUACCCACAGUCCGAUUCUUGAAGACUAAAUGGUAUGGAGGGGAUACAGUGGUUCUGCCGUCCAUAGAAGACCUAAGUUUUGAAACCAAGCAUGUUUGUGAUCAGUUCAUCACACAUCAUCUUGAUCGCUGCAAGGAGGCUAUUGCUAAAGAUACUAGAUGGCGCAUGCGCACAUAUCGUGGUGUAUUCCGAGGCUCAUGCCUGGUUCGCUGGCUAAUCAACUGCGGUCUAGCAAAAGAUGAACAUGAAGGAGUACAAUAUGGUCGACACCUACUCGACGGACGACUCAUAUCACACGUGAAUAACGCCCAUCAUUUCUCUAAUUCACCUCUGUUGUAUACGUUCAAGUAA